AUGCCCGACACCUCUCGCCAAACCUUGCCACACGUCCAUGAUGUGGUCAUCAUUGGUGCCGGGCCUUGUGGUCUAGCAGUAGCAGCACGACUCCGUGAAAAGGCUCCAGGUGCUAUUUUCACAGACGAAGAGCACAGGAGACACCGGUUUUUGCAUCGCUAUGGACGAUCCAUGCCGCUGAAGCAAGUGAGAAACGGUCGGUUCACAUGCUGCGGCCGCCCAACGGUAAGCGAUACACAAGAUCUCGAUAUCAUGGCGCUCGAUGCCACCCAUGACGACUGGUGUGGCCGCUGGAACAAGCUGUUCAAGUGCUACGACAUUGAACAUCUCCGAAGUCCCAUGUUCUGGCACGUUAGCCCAGUUGACCGCGAUGCUCUCCUUGGGUACGCCUAUUCGCAGAACCGGGAGAAUGAGUUGCUCGAGAUUCACCACUGUGUCGGAAAAGAAGUCAGCAAGCACAUGCGGAAGAGGACCCGGACGCAGAAGUGCUCAGCCCACAGUGCUUGCAACGCCAGAGUUGAGAUCAACGAACGGGACCGCAUCGACUACUUCAACCCUUCUCAGGCCCUCUUCUCUGAUCAUUGCCGUGCAGUCGCUAGCAGGUACCAUCUCUGCGAUGGUGUCGUCAAGAAAGAGUCCGUCCAAGACAUCAGCUUCGACGUGGUCCAAGGCAUCUCUGUCAACGACGAACCCCUCUUCACAGUCACCACAGACCGGGGCCCUCAGUAUGCCCGAACCGUCGUCCUCUCUGUCGGACCAGCAAAUCAACCUUCCAUCCCACGUCACGCCUUCAAAGCCUUCUCGGCAACAGAAUCCCUCCCUCAAGUCUGCCACAGCACCCAAAUCGAAACCUUCCCCGACACCGUCGUUCGCACCAGGAUGACCAACGGCCAGAGAACCAAGGUCCUCGUUAUCGGCGGCGGUCUCACCUCAGCCCAACUUUCUGACCUCGCCAUCCGCAAAGGCGUCACCAAAGUUUGGCACCUGAUGCGCAGUCCGAUUGCCAUCAAGACCUUCGACGUCGAGCUCAGCUGGAUGAGCAAAUACCGCAACCUCGAACAGGCCUACUUUUACUCUGCCGACACGGACGAGGAGAGAUUGCAGAUGGUGAGAGCUGCCAGGGGAGGUGGGAGCAUUCCACCGAGAUACCACAAAAAGUUGAAGGAUCACAUCUCUCGUGGCAGGCUGGAGUUGCGGACGGAGACAAAGUUGGUGAAUGCGCAGUUUGUAACCACUGAGGCGGGUGGUCGGUGGAAGGUCGAAACUGAGCCGGCGAUUGAGGGUAUACCGUCAUUCGACUUCAUCUAUUUUGCGACGGGAAUUGAGACAGACGUUGCUGCGCUACCGUAUCUGCAGACCAUGAGGGAAACGCACCCCAUUGAUGAGAUGGGAGGGCUGCCGUGCUUGACUGAGCAAUUGAAGUGGAAAGAUGACGUGCCACUUUUUGUGACAGGAAGACUGGCUUCGCUGAGGUUGGGAGCUGCUGGUCCAAAUCUUGGUGGGGCGCGGACGGGUGCUGAGCGGAUUGCCUUGGCCAUUCAGGAGCAUUUUGAGGAGUGCAAACGCGAGGAUAAGAUCAGUGGGGACAUCGCUGCCGCCGAUAAGGACGAGAAUGAGUGGGAGCGGUUUGUGCUUGGGCGCGGAAGCAAGUAUUCAUGUUUGGUCGAGCACUAG